AUGAGUGAAAUUAUACUGAAAUAUGAUAAUAAAUCUAGUACAAAAACUCUUGUAGAGUUCAGCAAUGGCACACCCAAACCUGAUUCAGAGUUUCAAUGCUCUCUAUAUGCGGAUAAACGUUUGCAGAACCCAAAAUUCAAAAACAACAAAGUGCUCGUUGUGCAAGGAUCACAUUUAAAAUAUGUUGGAGACAAUUAUGAAGAUAGGCAUGCCAAUCCAACUGCAUCAAGAUAUGUUCUUAUGGAAGUUGACGAAAAAAAACAAGUGGGUAAGAUUUUUGAAACUGAGUAUUUUAAAUUGAGACCCAUUAUUGGAAGUGAGGACAUCGAUAUUGAUGAAGAAAGAGAGAAGACAGAAAAACAGCUCGAGCAAGAUGAACGUAGCUUUAUCGAGAGGCAAGAUGACCUGACUGAAGUGUUUGGAAGCCACAGAAGAAAACGUGCGAUGGUAACGAGAUUAAGGAACAAAGUAAAAGACAGCACAGAUGCUGUUCAAACUGCGGUUGAAGCAAUCAUGGAAAAUGCGGACACCUCUUUACUUUUAGAUGAAGAAGGUGCUUUGGACACAAUGAUAAUUCCAUGUUGUAAAACUGCAGAGACCGUAGAAGAUGUUUACCCGUUAACAAAUAUCUUCCCUGAUCAUGUAAGUCGCUGCUUGAUUGAGGAAGCUCAAAAAUUUAUUCACCCAACGGGAGCAGAAAUUACAGAAUGGAAAAAUCAAGGGGAAGGGUUGGGAUCUCGAUUUAUUGUUGAACAUGCGAAGAAUCCUGCACUUGCAAUCGUGCAAAACUCUCAAAUUCACACUGAGUAUGCUUGCUGCUUACAACUCAUGGUGUGUCUCAUCAGAUUGUAUAAAGUAAAAUCAAGUGAAUAUCGUGCAAAGACAGUAUUUACUGAUCUAGCUGAACCAGUUCGAGACUGGGUACUCUCUGAAUUCUUUUUGGAUGGUUGUAACAGAAAUCGAAAAAUGCCUACCCGAAUGAAAGAUAAGGUGUUGGCUUAUGCUAUUGUGCUGGCCUGGCAUAUGGAUUCCUUUAGCACUGAUGGGGACAUGAUUAAGGAGGCUUUUUCAAUUUCACAAAAAAAAUUAUCAACCCAUGUUCGAGCACUAGGUGGAAAUGUAAACUUGUUAUCUAAGAAUGGCUUUAAACGUACAAGUGUUAUCCUGAAAUUGCCUUUACAGUUUCCAAAUACUGCUUUUAAGGGCAGAGGACAAGGCCAUUAG